GAGCCUAGGACUGGCACGCCGGGGCUGGGCAGAGAGGGGUUUGCCAGGCCCAGGGGACGAGGGUGGGCAGGCUGUCUGGGCUGGGAGGGGCGGCGGCGGGCGGGAGAUGCCCCCUGGGCGCCGGCGAGCAGCCGGGCCGGGGAGGGCCGGGGAUGGAGGGGGGGGGCCUGCCCCGCGCCCAGGCCGGGCGCACACACACGGAGGCGGCGGCCGCGGGGACAGGGUGCGGGGACACCCACCUGGGCCCGGUCCGGGGCAGCGGGUCCGGCACUGGCGCGACGACCUAGGCGCCGCGGCUCGGCGCUCCGGGCAGCGGCGGCCUCAGCCCAGGCGGCGGCCGCGGCGCGGCCUCCAUCUUGCUCGGCUCUGCCGGGCGCGCUCCGGUGCCAAGGCGCGCGCCCCGGGGCCCAGGCGCGCAGCGCGGAGGCGCGCUCCCGCCGCGGGCGUGCGGAACGGGGCGGGCCCGGGCCCGGGUCCGGGCGGCGCGCCCAGCCGGAGCGAUGAGUCCCCUGCACGGGAGCGACCAGACCAGAAUGGAACAGUUGUGGGAUCAAGAUGGGGACCAUGGACCAUAAGGUUUGAACGUUCUCAUCAAGACCAUUAUGAAAAAAAGAAAAAUAUGGGCUUUUCAAUCACAGACUUUCAAGCCAAAGCCCUGGACGAGUGGACGAGUGGACGAGUGGACGAGUGGUUAGAGCUUGACAGCUGUGCCAAAGAUGUGGGUUCCAUCCUGGAUCAGGGCACAUACAAGAAUCAACCAAAGGAUGCAUAAAUGAGUGGAACAAUA